UAAAAUGAUGCCUAGUGAAGUCUUUCUUUAUCAUAAUCAGAAUUCAGAGUCUGAAAACCUGCUGAAAUUUUUUAUCAAAGGGACACGAAAAAACGAAGACAUAACUUCAUCCAAAUGAUGGUUUUCUCUAAAAGGCAUUUGUCCCAGUGGAUACUUGGGUUUCUGCUCAGUAGUCUGCCGGGAUUAUAUGGAAAUACCUCCUUCCCUGACAACGUGGUAGUGAUCAAAGAGAACGUCGGCACAGCCUUGCUGACCUGUGACACGGACAUUGGCGAUAAUGUCACAUGGCGGUUUGAGCGGGACGGGCUGAUAGAGGACGUGGAGCUGGGAGGAGAGUUCGAGCAGGUCGGCCGAGACCUGUGGGUGAGCGAGGUCCUAUCACCGAUAACGGGACAGUACAGCUGCUGGUUUAAGGGAAAAAGGUUAUCAUCAGCAUAUCUCCUACUGGACGCAGAGGAGGAAUAUUCUGAUUCGCUGAUCAGUUGUCGAGCAAAGUCUUACAGCUGUACCUUCACCUGCAUCUGGAAUCAGAGUGAAUACACCGCCGUACGCCUUGGACUGGGACGCAACUGCAGUGAAGGGGAGAAGACCUGCUCCUGGGUUGCUCCUCUCCCAGAUGGAGAAUUCCAGUUUGAGUUGGCCCACUCCCUCUCUCCUUAUGAGGAGGAAUCCCAGAUGAUCCACGUCACGGCCGAGGCCAUCAUCGAACACACGUUCUUCAGGAUGACCAAGAAAUUCUACCUCAGAGAUAUCAUCCUACCAGACAGUCCUCAGAAGGUGACGUGUCAGGAGUUGGGGGAGAACCUGAACGUGAGCGUCCAGCCGGCGUCCAGCUGGUCCACGCCUCACAGCUACUUCAGUCUGGACCACGAGAUAGAAUAUGUGUAUAAAGACGAUGGAAAGAGUGAACGCUCGGCGUCUCCUCUGAUACCAAAGAGGAUCAGCAGGUUGAGGGUGCGAUCCAGAGACCCCCUGGUGCUGUCAGCAUGGAGCCAGUGGACCCCCUGGAAAUAUGUAACCUACUGA